AUGCCGCAGCCGCUCAAAGACUUCACCGUGGCUAUCGUUGGCGGAGGGAUGUGUGGCCUUGCAUGUGCUUAUGGCUUCGCAAAUGCGGGCAUAAAGGCUGAUGUAUUCGAGGCAGCAGCACACUAUCAUGAAAUAGGCGCAGGAGUUGGUUUUGGUCACAAUGCCAUACGCGUUCUGAGGGAACUUGGACUAUUCGACACCAUCCUCAAAGUCUCUGGCCAGCAGAAGGCUAAUCAACGUCUAUUCAAUAUGAUCUCAGGUACAGGAGAUCAUGAACAAGUUUUUGACUAUGCGGAGUCCUCCGGCCAACAAGGAAACGAAGGACUGGGAGUCUAUCGACCUGUUUUUUUGGAUGCUGUCAUGCCACUUUUGGACCCAACCAUGAUAAGCACGCAUUUUAACAAACGAUGUGUGUCCGUUGAACAAUCAAAUACGGGACCUCAGACUCUACACUUUGCAGACGGCACUACCCACGAAGCGGAUGUUAUCAUUGGGGCUGACGGUAUAAAAAGCGUUACUCGUAGCGCAAUUGUCAGUGAAACGGAUAACCGACUGGCAUUUUCGGGCACAUACGCCUACCGAGGGUUAAUUCCCAUAGACCUCUUGGAGACUGAAGGAAUAAAAGCUGAUAUCAGAAGUCGACCUCACUGCUGGGUUGGGGCAGGAAAGGCAAGAAAACGACACGGUGGGGACAAGAUGCUCACUUCCGAGCAUUCUCACCCAUGGGUUGAAAGUGUGCCACAGGCUGAGGUUCUGAACAGAUUUUCUGGCUGGGGCAACGAUGUGAUGAUCAUGCUUAACCAUUUGAAACAACCGAGUCGAUGGUCCAUUCAUACACUGUACCCACCACUAGACAGUUAUGUUAAUGGUCGUGUUGUCCUUAUCGGUGACGCAGCCCAUGCCAUGGUUCCUCAUUUAGGCGCCGGAGUCGGUCAAGGUUUUGAAGACACAUAUGCUUUAUGUCGUCUUCUCGGACAUCCCAAUGUCCGAAAGGCGAAUAUAGAGACAGCUCUCAAGAUAUACAACGAAAUACGACCACCUCGUGCCAACAUGGUUUUGAAGAGAAGUUUGCGAGCGGGAAAAAUAUACGAGAGCUAUGGGCCCGGGUUAUACGACAUAUCCAAGAUGCGACACAAUCUUAUGGGGAUAUGGGAGCCUGUAUGGCGGUUUGAUCUUAUGGACCAAGUUGGGCUCGCCAUCUUGAAGGAGUUUGAGGACUCGCCGCAAAGCGUGGAGAAACAGAAAAACCCAUCCACAACGAAGAGAUAA